AGCUCAUCUGAGACGAUCACGAGUAAAGAAAAGUUUUUCUCUGCUCUCGGGUCGUGUCCAAGUCAAACCUCAACGUCGCUGCGUCUUUACGCACGGAGCCGUUCCGUUCCCGGUAGCGCAGCAGCCGCGUCCUCCUCUGCGGAUCCAGACAUGGACGACGAGUACCUCUCCAACCUGAACCCGGCCCUGGCCGCAGACUCCGAGGCUCUGAGCCCGAACUCCACCGAGGAGCCCGGCUGGUGGGCGUCCUCGGACGGCGCGGAGACGGUGCACUUCGCCGUGCGCUGCGUCAUGACCUCGGUGUACAUCCUGAUCAUCACCGUGGGUCUGCUGGGCAACAUCACGCUGGUGAAGAUCUUCAUCACCAACAGCGCCAUGCGCAGCGUGCCCAACAUCUUCAUCUCCAGCCUGGCAGCGGGCGACCUGCUGCUGCUGGUCACCUGCGUGCCCGUGGACGCCUUCCGCUACUUCUCCGAGGAGUGGGUGUUCGGCGAGGCGGCGUGCAAGCUCAUCCCCGUCAUCCAGCUCACCUCGGUCGGCGUGUCCGUGUUCACGCUGACGGCGCUGAGCGCAGACAGAUAUAAGGCCAUCGUGAACCCGAUGGACAUCCAGACGUCCAGCGCUGUCUUCUGGACGUGUCUGAAGGCCGUCUCCAUCUGGCUGCUGUCCGUCCUCCUGGCUGUUCCUGAGGCCAUUUUCUCACAAGUCGUCACCAUGCAGGGUCACCGUGACAACACCAACGUCACCUUUGUGAACUGCGUGCCGUACCCGCUGUCCAAUCAGAUGCAUCCAAAGAUCCACUCAGUGAUGAUCUUCUUGGUUUACUUCCUGAUCCCGCUGGCCAUCAUCUCCAUUUACUACUACCACAUCGCCCGGACGCUCAUCAAGAGCGCCCACGACAUGCCUGGAGAGGUCAGCGAGCACACCAAGAGACAGAUGGAGACCAGGAAGCGCUUGGCUAAGAUCGUUCUGGUUUUCGUGGGUCUGUUCGCCCUGUGCUGGUUCCCCAACCACGUCCUCUACAUGUACCGCUCCUUCCACUACCACCAGAUGGACCUGUCCCUGGCCCACCUCGUCAUCACCCUCCUGGCCCGAGUCCUCAGCUUCUCCUCGUCCUGCGUCAACCCGUUCGCCCUCUACCUGCUCAGCGAGAGCUUCCGCAGACACUUCAACAGUCAGCUGAGGUGUGGUCGAGGCCCCCGUCCCGAGCGCCAGGCCAGCUACCUGCACAGCACCUCCCACAUCCGCCUCACCUCCAUCAAGAAGCCCACCCCCACCACGGCCAUCGUGGCUCCGGCAGCCAACGGCAACCCCAGCAAACAGGAGGUGGCUCUGUGAGGGGGGCGGCGUCACCUCAGUGGGGAGAGGAGGGGAGAGGAGGGGAGGAACGACUGCACCAGCUGCUCCUUCAUCGUCUUCAUCCUCAACCUGUCAACCAAACUAAAAGUGCCUCUUGGAAACACGCGCUCAGACUUUGGAGGGAGGGAACACUUUUGUACCGCUGCAGCUCUCUGGAUUUAUAAAAGCAGCCCAGUGAACAUGUCGGAGUUCCAGUGAAUGACUGUUGACAGCAUGAUUCCUACGCUAGCAUGUCUGCUACGAAAGCUUGAAUAUCUGUGUCGCUCCGCUGGAAUCACCGUCCACUGAUCUAAAGCCAUCUUCAUCUGUUUAGUGUCUUAUCCAGAGAAACCUUUCUUCUCGACCUACAGGGUGGUGGAACUCUGUCUCUGUCUACGAACUACAGCCACCCUGGACAUUCAUAGAUUUCAGUUUGUUAACUUAAAUCUGUACGUGGAGAAAAUCUGUUGGGUCGUCAUUUGCUUUGAGGCUCUGUUAGUCACUGUGUCCACCAGGAGGCGCUGUGUUAAACACAUCUUCAUCCUUUGUCGCUCUGAUCACUGAGUUUAGUCUUAGAGUUGGGACAGUACCUGGUACCUGGUGUAGUUGAGCUGGAUUUUCUGACCUGGAGCACAGACUGUAAGGUCAAAGCUUUUAUUCUCUGCUUUCUCUCUGGACUCAGAGUGAGACGCUGCUCAAACUGAAACUGAAAGUCUUGGGCAUUGUGUGCCAGAAUAAAGAGACCAGAGACCAGAGGCCUUUUACAUUCUGUGUUCGGUUCUGUUCUCUGUGCGAGUACAGUCCAGAUACAUGGAUGAGUUCUUUUUGUGGACUUGGUCCAAUCAGGUAUCUCAGAAUGACUGUGAUCAUUCUGAGGUGAUGGAGAUAGAACUUUUGGAGAAACCAAAUCUCAAAUCUUGGUUCCUACCUGCUGAUGGCAGCGUGGAGUGACAGUAUUUAGCUUUCUAAUACAAGAAAAGCUGGCACCGUCCACGUACGCUAUUAGUACAUGAAUUAGUUUUUCUGCAGUCAUGUCCUCUUCACUGAGACUCUUUUAUUGUUUCUAAAACAACGUUCUGAUCCACGUCCAUCAACUUCUGUUACACAGCACCAUCCUCCUAUGUGCUCUUACUUUAAAAACGACAACUUCUGUUCGCGCAAUAUGAAAAAAACACGGGGUUUUUUUGUUUCUAUCUUCUAAGACCCCGAUAAAGAAUUGAGUUUUAACUUCAAUUUUUGAAUUUGAAUGAAAAUCAAAUAACUGCUCAAUUUUUUAUGAAAAAAAAAAAAAAAAAACAAUUACCAGAACAUACAUGGACCCAGUAGACAAAGCUCCAUCUCAGCCCCAACAUAUAUGAUCAUGAGCUUUGGGUAAUAACCUCAACAAAAAGCUGCAAUAGUUUCCUUCAGCAGUUCAGACUUCUCCCAAACAAAAGCAGUUAAAACUAAAUUUAAAUAUGUUUAUUUCCAAUAACUGGCACAUGGCCACUCUUUCAUAAAU